AUGGCGUCCCGGGCCGCCUCGUCGGUCCUUUUCCUCCUCGUCACCAUGGUCGGUUGCGCCAGCGCGGCCACCUUCACCAUCAAGAACAACUGCCCCUACACAGUGUGGCCAGCGGCGACCCCUGUGGGCGGUGGCACGCAGCUGAACCCGGGGCAGACGUGGACCAUCAACGUGCCCGCGGGCACCAAGUCCGGCAGGGUCUGGGGCCGCACCGGCUGCUCCUUCAACAGCGGCGGUCGUGGGCACUGCCAGACGGGCGACUGCGGCGGGGCCCUCUCCUGCACCCUGUCCGGGCAGCCGCCCUUGACGCUGGCCGAGUUCACCAUCGGCUACACCAACGGCGCCAACGACUACUACGAUAUCUCGGUAAUCGAUGGCUACAACCUGCCCAUGGACUUCUCCUGCAGCACCGGUAUGAACCUGCACUGCGGUCACCCUAGCUGCCCCGACGCGUACCUCUACCCGGAUGACAACAAGAAGACCCAUGGCUGCCGCGGCAACAGCAACUACAAGGUCACGUUCUGCCCGUGA